AUGCGUAAUCCUAGAACGGCUUUUGAGACCAACGUGUCAACAAGUAAUUUGGCAACUUUAAAUCAAAAUAAAUUUAUACAACAUGCAACUGGUUUAGUUAAUUGCACUAGAGGUUUUAAUACGGUAUAUGAAUUUGCUACUGCAACUAACCCUAUGGUGCCGACAUCUUGUAAAAUAAUCGAUACUACAUUUAUGAAAAAAGUAAUAAGUGCUAUAAGUAAUAUGUACGGGACAAAAAAUGACGACUGGUUGAAACCGAAUUGGUCCGCAGGUGCAACUUUACCAUGUUCGUUUAUGAAUUUGCUUAUGCAAUUUCCAGCUUAUUAUACUAUGUAUGCAAACAGUGCUCAAAAUCAAGGGAAAAUUGGAUGGCAAAAUAUUAAUGAACACGUAACAAAAAUGGAUGCUAGCGCAGUUAUAGGUACUACAAUUAUUGAUUCCGAAUAUACACCUACUUUAUCAUAUUUAUCAAUGCCGUGGAAAGCAAUAUUGGGAAGAGCGGAGUCUAAGGACACGAACAAAGAAUCUUUUAAUCUCGCAGAUACUAAUAGUAUUGCAUUACCUAAUAGUUAUACAAUGGAUAACACUAAUGGUACGUGUAAAGCCAACGUAUCUAAUAAUUAUUCAUUGUUGACUGACACUAAGUGGAAACAAUUAUUUUCUGAUAAUUUCAACCGAUACAUUGAACCUAUAGAAUGUGGACAGUAUAUAAAACAAGGUUUACAUACGUCUACUUCUGUAAAAAUUCAACCAUCGUUACAUAUCGGUGUUUGCCCCGUACCACAAUUAACCACCACUAAUGCAAAUUUUGUACCAGAUAAGUUCACUGAUAUCGAAUGUCUAUGGGACAUUGAAACUGAGCUUAUCUGUGAAUACGGUUUACCUUACAAAUACACUACGUUUCCUGAUUCCUGA